GUGGUUGUGCUUAUGGACCCCAAUGAGGAUCCUGAGGACCCUCUGCGUGCACACCGGUCACGGGAGCGCACCUUCAUUUUCGACACUGUUUUCGACCAGCACGCAUCACAGGAAGACGUGUACUGUGCCACCAUCCAGCAUUUAGUGGAAGGCGUCAUUUCUGGAUACAACGCAACAGUGUUUGCCUACGGCCCCUCAGGUGCAGGGAAGACCCAUACCAUGCUGGGCAUGGAUGCGGAGCCUGGCAUCUACCUGCAGACCCUCACUGACCUCUUCCAGGCCAUCGAGAAGACCCGGGACAACAUGGACUAUAGCGUGUCUAUAUCUUAUCUUGAGAUUUAUAAUGAAGUGAUCCGGGACCUUCUGAACCCAUCCUCAGGGUUUCUGGACUUGAGGGAAGAUUCUAAGGGCAGCAUCCAGAUUGCAGGAAUCACAGAGGUCUCCACCUCCAAUGCCCAAGAGAUCAUGCAGCUCCUCACCAGAGGAAAUCGGCAGCGCACGCAGGAACCCACAGCCACCAACAAGACGUCAUCCCGCUCCCACGCUGUGUUGCAGGUCACUGUGCACCAGCAGAGCCGCAGCACAGACCUGGCAGAGGAAGCGCGCCUUGGGAGGCUCUUCAUGGUGGACCUGGCGGGCUCAGAAAGGGCAUGCCAGACCCAGAACCGGGGCAAGAGGAUGAAGGAGGGCGCACACAUCAACCGCUCACUGCUAGCACUGGGUAACUGCAUUAACGCUCUCAGUGAGAAGGGCGGCAGCCGGGCGCAGUAUGUGAACUUCCGCGAUAGCAAACUCACGCGUCUGUUGAAGGAUGCCCUGGGAGGAAACAGCCGCACAGUAAUGAUUGCCCACAUCAGCCCAGCAAGCACCAGCUUCGAGGAGUCGCGGACCACACUGCUUUAUGCCUACAGGGCAAAGAACAUCAAGACGCGGGUCAAGCACAACCUAUUGAAUGUCUCCUACCGCAUCGCACAGUACACGGAUGUCAUCUCUGACCUACGCAGGGAGAUUGAACACCUUAAAUCAAAAAUUGAGAAACAAGAGAAGAAGAAAAGCGAAUCUGGCAUCCCAGAUGUACAAGGUAGUAUGAGUGGAGGCCUCGUGCCUCCUGCUGGCCUCAGUGGCUUUGUCCCCCGCCAUGGUUCCGUGGCCAGCAUCCCUGACCACCAGACCCAUUCCUUCUCCUAGCCUAAGCAUGUGGUACCUUGUUCACUAUGAGCAUCUUCAU